GAGGUAUAUGAAGCAAGGAAUAGGACAGUUGCUCGUGUGCGAGGCUCCGCGUGAUACCGUGGAAAGUGUGUAUUGUGCAUUUCGUGCGUAUUGCAUCCAUACAUUGUCAACUGCUUCUCACGAGGUACACAAAUGCAGUUCAUAAAGAUGGUUAAUCGAAGCACAUUUCCAAAUAAAUUCUCGCAGCCGGUGACUGAGUAACAGUGUUAAACCUGACGCGAGGUCCUCACCCGCGUUAGGUGCGUGAGGGCCACCUAUCCGCGUCCAAGCUGUGUCGAGUAUUCAAGUCAUGGUAUCGAGGUUCGACACGAACUUCGGUUGUGAAGAUUUUUUCGGGACUUAUCGUUGCACCCAAGACAUGGCUUGUGAUCGUGGUGAUUCGGACUUCGAGUUCAUCAUACCGCCAGAAGCGCCGGUCUUCGAACCGAGUAUUGAGGAGUUUCACGACCCCCUUGGCUACAUCGCAAAAAUACGACCGAUCGCAGAGAAGUCUGGCAUUUGUAAGAUCAAACCGCCGCCUAAUUGGCAGCCACCAUUUGCUGUUGAUGUUGAUAAAUUCAAAUUCGUUCCAAGAAUACAAAGACUAAAUGAAUUAGAGGCAAAGACUAGGAUAAAGCUUAAUUUCUUGGAUCAAAUUGCAAAAUUUUGGGAACUUCAAGGUUCAUCUUUAAAAAUUCCUCUUGUUGAACGCAAAGCUCUUGAUUUAUAUUCUUUACAUAAAAUAGUCACUGAUGAAGGUGGAAUUGAUACAGUAACGAGGGAAAGAAGAUGGGCAAAAAUUGCAAAUAAAUUGGGUUAUCCUUCUGGACGCAGUGUUGGAAGUAUUCUAAAAAAUCAUUAUGAACGUAUUUUAUAUCCAUUUGAUGUCUUUAAACAAGGAAAGACAUUGACAGAUAUAAAAAUUGAACCAGAUUCUAAUGUGAAUGAGAAGAAAGAUCGAGAUUAUAAACCACAUGGAAUUAUAUCACGUCAACAAAUUAAACCUCCAACUGAAAAAUUCUCACGUCGGUCAAAAAGAUUUAGUGGUCAAGAAGAAAAACAGGAAGUAUCUAUUAAACAAGAAGAUUGUAAAGAAGAAUGUGAUUCUGAUAAUGAUUGUAAAGAUGGAAUUAAAAAUAAACAAUAUGAUGAUAAGGAUAAUAGUAAAGAACUUAAAAAAUUACAAUUUUAUGGAGCUGGUCCAAAAAUGGCUGGAUUUAAUACCAAAGAAGGAAAAAAAUCUAAUAAAACUAGAGGUGUAAAACUUGUUUAUGAAGUUGAUCCAUUGGCAAAAUAUAUAUGUCAUAAUUGUGGAAGAGGUGACAAUGAAGAAAACAUGCUUUUAUGUGAUGGAUGUGAUGAUAGUUAUCAUACUUUUUGUCUUAUGCCACCAUUGACAGAAAUACCAAAAGGUGAUUGGAGGUGUCCAAAAUGUGUUGCUGAAGAAGUUUCUAAGCCAAUGGAAGCAUUUGGAUUUGAACAAGCACAAAGAGAAUAUACUCUUCAACAAUUUGGAGAAAUGGCUGAUCAAUUUAAAAGCGAUUAUUUUAAUAUGCCUGUACAUAUGGUGCCAACAUCAUUAGUAGAAAAAGAAUUUUGGCGAAUAGUUUCUUCAAUUGAUGAAGAUGUAACGGUUGAAUAUGGAGCAGAUUUACAUACAAUGGAUCAUGGAUCUGGAUUUCCAACAAAAACUAGCGUUAAUUUAUUUACAUGUGAUCAAGAAUAUGCUGAAUCUUCAUGGAACUUAAAUAAUUUACCUGUUUUACGUGGAAGUGUCUUAGGUCACAUUAAUGCUGAUAUUAGUGGUAUGAAAGUACCAUGGAUGUAUGUUGGAAUGUGUUUUGCAACUUUUUGUUGGCAUAAUGAGGACCAUUGGAGUUACUCCAUUAAUUAUUUACAUUGGGGAGAACCAAAAACAUGGUAUGGUGUACCUGGUUCUCAAGCAGAAAGAUUUGAACAAUCAAUGAAAUCAGCUGCACCAGAAUUGUUUCAUAGUCAACCUGAUUUACUUCAUCAAUUGGUUACUAUCAUGAAUCCAAAUAUUUUAACAAAUGAAGGUGUUCCAGUAUUCAGGACUGAUCAACAUGCAGGGGAAUUUGUAGUGACAUUUCCAAGAGCAUAUCAUGCAGGUUUUAAUCAAGGAUAUAAUUUUGCUGAAGCUGUAAAUUUUGCUCCCGCUGAUUGGCUUAAAAUUGGACGAGAAUGUAUAACGCAUUAUUCGAAUUUAAGACGAUUUUGUGUAUUUUCUCAUGAUGAAUUGGUAUGCAAAAUGUCAUUGGAUCCAGAUUCAUUAGAUAUAGGAAUUGCAACUGCAACUUACCAUGAUAUGCUUCAAAUGGUAGAUGAUGAGAAAAAGUUACGAAAAAAUUUGCUGGAAUGGGGUGUAACAGAAGCAGAACGAGAAGCAUUUGAACUUUUGCCGGAUGAUGAGAGACAGUGUGAAGCGUGCAAAACAACUUGUUUUUUGAGUGCAGUUACAUGUUCAUGCCAAAGUUCUCAAUUAGUUUGUUUAAGACAUUUCACAGAACUUUGUGAUUGUCCUCCAGAAAAACAUACAUUACGUUAUCGUUAUACUUUAGACGAAUUACCAAUUAUGCUACAAAAAUUAAAAUUAAAAGCAGAGUCAUUUGACUCAUGGGUAACAAAAGUAAAAGAGGCAAUGGAUCCUGAUAAAAAAAAUGAUAAAAUUGAAUUAAAUGAAUUAAAAGAACUUCUAAAUGAAGCAGAAAGUAAAAAAUUUCCAGAAAGUGAAUUGCUUACAGCUUUAACAACUGCUGUGCAGGAUGCUGAAAAAUGUGCAAGUGUUGCACAACAACUUUUGAAUAAUAAACAACGUACCAGAACUAGACAAUCUGUUGAAACUAAAUACAAGCUUACAGUAGAAGAAUUAACUCUUUUCUAUAAAGAAAUAACAAAUUUAUGUUGUGAACUUAAAGAAUCUGAUGGGAUAAAAUUUAUACUUGAUCAAGUAUUACAAUUUCAAAAGGAAGCAGAAGAAUUAGAAUGUAAAGAUGAUUGUAAUAUUGAACAGUUAGAAAAAUGCAUUGACUUUGGAGAUUCUAUUUGCAUUGAACUACCUCAACUUAUACGUUUAAAACAUAAAUUAGCACAAAUACAAUGGCUUGAAGAAGUAAAAUCUAUUCAAGAAGAUCCAAAAUCUAUACAUCGUGAUGAUUUAGCAAAAUUAAUUGAAAAGGGUAUGACAAUGCCUCCUAACUUAAAUAUAGAAAAUACUCUUUCAGACUUGCAAGCAUUGAUGCUUGCAAUUGAUAAUUGGGAAGAGAAAGCAAAGUUAUAUCUUCAUACAAAAAAUAGACAAACUAUUGCAUCUCUUGAAGAAUUUAUCCAUGAAGCUGAUAAAGUGGAAGCUUAUUUACCAAGUUUAGAUGUUCUUCAAGAUACACUAAAUAAAGCAAAAAAUUGGACAAAAAUGAUGGAAGAAAUACAAGCAAGAGAUAAUUUUCCAUAUUACAAUACAUUAGAUGAUCAAAUUAAAAAGGGCAGAAAUAUUCCAUUGCAUCUAGAUGCUCUUCCUAUUUUAGAAUCUACACUUUCACAAGCAAAAACUUGGAAAGAAAGAACAGCACGAACAUUCCUAAGGAAAAAUUCACAUUAUACUUUAAUGGAAGCUUUGUCACCACGAAUUGGAGUUGGUAUACAAGCGUUAAAAGCUAAGAAAAAUAAAAAUGAAGAUUCUGUAGGACCUGUCUUUGUCUGUGAUACAAAAUUGGAUGAUUCCAAUGAUUCAGCAACCAUUGUAGCUGCGUUUAAAUUAGCUGAACAACGUGAAAUGGAAGCAAUGCGAAAUUUGAGAGAAAGAAAUUUAAUGAAAACUGAAAUAGAUGAUUCAAGAUAUUGCGUUUGUCGUCGACCAAGGUUUGGACUCAUGCUUCAAUGUGAGCUUUGUAAAGAUUGGUUUCAUUCAAAUUGUGUACCUUUGCCAAAGACAUCGUAUAAAGGAAAAUUUCCAAUGUCAAGGGAAAUUAAAUUUUUAUGUCCGUGUUGUUUACGUUCACGGCGACCACGGUUAGAAACAAUUUUGGCUCUUUUAGUUAGCCUCCAAAAAAUUCCGAUUCGUUUACCAGAAGGUGAGGCAUUACAAUGUUUAACGGAACGUGCAAUGAAUUGGCAGGAUCGAGCCCGACAAGCAUUAGCUACGGAUGAAAUCUCAUCAGCAUUAGCAAAAUUAUCUGUGCUAUCACAAAAAUUAGUAGAAGCAGCAGCAAGAGAAAAGACAGAAAAGAUCAUCAGCAGUGAAUUAAAAAAAGCAGCAAAUAAUCCUGAAUUACAUCAGAGAGUACAAGCAAUAGCACCGCUUAGUGGUGUACAUUCAGAUGAUAGUGCACUUAGUACUGCGGAUGAUGAUGAUGAUGUUGUUACUAUUGAUGAUGAUGAACCAAGUUGUAGUACAUUUAACAGUAAUGAACAUGCAUAUUCUUAUAUAUCCAAAAUUCAACGUAAAACGCAAUCAAACGAUACAACAGAAGUUGCUGUUGUACUUUCACAAACAGCAAGGUUACGUUUAGAAGAAUUGAUGAUGGAAGGCGAUUUAUUAGAAGUUGCACUUGAUGAAACGCAACAUAUUUGGCGUAUAUUAAGUCAUACAAAUAGUCCGAGUACAGUUCGAAAAUAUGCAUCAUAUGAAGAAGUUCAAACUAAUUUGAAUCAAGAUAUAAAAGAUGUUAAAAAACGCGGAAGGAAAAGAAAAUCCGAUGAAUUUGAAUUACUAAAAAAACUUGGAAGACAAAAAAUGGAAGAGAAAAAUUUAGCUAAACGCAAAGGACUACAGAAGGAAAAAAAAUCGGCAGGUUCUCCAGUGCCUAUAAAACGUGGACCUCGAAAAAUGAAACGCAAAGAAGGUGAAGAAGGUCCAAAAAAAAGAGGUGGUAAUAGAAAAAAAACUAAACAGGAUACUUCAGAUGAAGAAGAUGAUUGUGCGGCUGUCAAUUGUUUGCGACCUGGUGGUAGAGAAGUUGAUUGGGUACAGUGUGAUGGCGGCUGUGAAGGUUGGUUUCAUAUGCACUGUGUUGGAUUAGAUCGUACAGAAAUUGCAGAGGAGGAUGAUUACAUAUGUAGUAAUUGUAAGGAGGCAGAGCAUAGCUCAGUGUCAAGAGCGCCAGAUCCCCUAGCUGAAUCAUUAGGCCUGGAUGCACUUCUUUCCCUUUCUCAAUCUCAGGGAUACCAGGGCACAGAUAGUGAAGCAGACAUUCAAGAAACCACAUCCUUCGUCAGGACUUACUAGUCUACUUUGCCUUGUUAGCUCUGUACAAGGCUAGGAUGUUUAUCAAUUUCAAGUCAUUUAGACUGGGAAUUUACACAGUCCGACAAUUAAUGUUACCUACAAUCAUCGUUCAGUCAAUUGGUACUGCAGAUUAUCAGAUGCCGUUUGAUUACUAUUGCGAGCGGAUAUUGGAGAUAAAGUAUUAUAAUGCAGUCGGAUUGUAAUCUUUACGACUAUGAAUAUUAUUUUUUUAUUUUGAUUUGAUAUGCUUUGCAAAGCUAUCAUUUUUUGUAUGUAUUAUAUUGCAUUGUAUUUUAUUUUUCUAAGAUAAAACAGAUAUUUAUCAAGAUUUAUUGUUCAAGCACAAUACAUUUAUACUCAAGAAAAAUUAAUUUCAUGCAUUGAUAUUUAAUGUUAAUUUAUAACAUUAAAACCUGCUUGCUUUUAUCCAGAAUAAUAUGUUAAUUAUGAAUUAAGUACACGAUUCCAAUUGAAAACAAAUCUUCUAAAUCGUAUUACAUAUUAUACAGAUCAGGUAUCGCGGAUGAACCGUGAUAUACUACUUUGUGGUUUAUAUGAGGUUUUAGAAAAUAGAUAUUUUGCAUCCCAUUAUAAUUUUUAUUUCUUAUCUCGUGCUGCGAUUGUUGAUGGAAAAGAAAAUACAGAGACCAAUGACUGUUAAGUAAUAAUGAUAUGCGUUAACAUUAUUUAUAUAAUAUGAUAGUGUGAAUGUAUACUUUUCAUAUGUAAAAUAUGAAAAGAUAUAGAAAAACUAAGGGAAGGAAAGAAGAGUAUAAUUUGACCUAAUGAUUUGGGCGAUCUAUGUUGAGAGAAAAAUUAGUGAUGGCGAUAAAUAUGUGACAAAAAAGUCAUCUCAGAUUAUUUCUAUUUAAAGGAAGAUUCCGUCGGUUUUUGUAUCGGCUUUUUAUUGUAAUGGUGCAAGAGAACUUCUUUUGCGCUAAAAUAGUAUGUACAGAUAGACUGAGAUAUGUGUGUAUUAAGAUACGGAUAUUAUACAUAUAUACAUAAGAAAUUAGAUUGAAACGUAGAAAUAAGUUACAAUUUGUAUAAAGAAAGAAUUGACACGCAGAUACAUAGCAUAUCUAUCUUCUUGAAACAAUUUAAUUGGAAUUAUUGGAUUUUGGACCAGAGUGUACAACUUAUGUAAUUUGUAAGUUGCAAGUUAUCUGAUUUUCAUUUUAUGUCACAUUCAUUUUUUGUCAUGAAUACUUAGACAAAUGUUUUAUAUUGUGAUAUGAUUGAUAUCAGUGAAAAACUUCCGAAUGGCCUAAAAAAUAUACAUUAUAUAAUGUAAAAUCUA